UGAACCCCCCAUACGUCCGUUAUCGUACGCACCGAAUCCUAUUUAAACCUGCGACACCCUCCCACCAAUCAUCACCACGUACUUCACGCCCCCCUCCCCCCUCAUUAUUUUUAUUUUUAUUUUUUGUUUGCCUUUUCCUUUUCUUUGAAAAGAAAAGGUCGCAUUGCGAAACUUCUCCGAAAGCCACUCUUGACUCUCUCUUUGUGAAUCAAAGAAUCCGCCCCCUGGGACGGACAAUUUCGUCGUCGUUUCGGGGAGAGAUGCUGUUUUGGUCUUAUUCGGAUCGGAACUCGCCGAUUAUAUCCUUUUGUGUUAGGGUUUGAAGAGGGUGCGGGAGAGAGGGAGAGUCGGGAUUAGAGACUUUCUGGAUCAUGUUGAUGACGGACGACGGCUCGAACGUUUGGACGCGCGGCGAUUUCUCCGCCGUCGAUGAAUUUGGCAACGAGGACAUGUCCAUCGACGUCGAUACUCUCUAUCACAUUCUUAGAGAGGAGCCCCAGCCUUUGCAGAGCAAUCUGGAGGAUCCAUCAUUGAACUGCAUGUCACAAGAUGAAUCAACUCGUGAUGUUGGCAACGAUGAGAAUAUGCAGUUUCAAACAGAUACCUCACACGACCCUGUUGUUGAGGAUGUUGAUGUGAAAUUUGCAAACAAUGGUGCUUUGAUUGAAAAUGGUGUGGAUAUAUUUGGACCACAAGAUACUAAGCCAUGUACAUAUAUGGGAAUGUCCUUCAUGGAUGUAGUUAUGUCCUCACAAAAUGUAACUUCUACUGAGUCUACAAUUUGUCAAGGUUAUGAUGUUAUAAGAGACAUAACCGACCGAUACUCUGCUAUGAAUUAUGGCAUGAAUAUGGAAAAUACACUUGUUGAUGAUUUCUCGCAGCAUUAUAUGCCUAGUAGCUAUAGUUCUCAAUAUUCAUUGGCUAAUGAGGGAAUGAUCGCAAACAUGAAGGAUGAAAUAGGGGAAUUUUCUGAUGCUAGUGCCUGCUCAAGUAGUAAGCUGAAUUUGAGUAAUUUGAAGGAAAUAAAUGGUGGAUCCGUCUCAGAGGUGUUGAUGACAGAUUAUUCAGAUGUUAAGGGAUGGAAUUUUACAUAUGAAGGUAAUAUGUCAUCAGUCUCUGGAAAUUCUUCAUCUGAUGCUGAAAAUUGCACUCCAUCAUACAUUUCAAGCAAAGAGCAAGCAACUUAUCUGAAGGAUGAAGUAACUGAUGAAUUGAUGGCACCUAGUAGCCAUUCUGUUGAAGCUUUUGAAGAAGCUGCCUACAAUUUUUUUGUUGACAGAGACCUGAACCAGUCAUUUGGUAAUCUUCAUUCUACAUCAUCUCAGAAGAACAAUCACAUAAAACAUGAGAAAGAAGACAUAAUAAUUGCUUCCAAGAGAGCUCGGCACUCUCAAGACUCAGCUAAUGAAAUUUCCAGUGAAGCCGACAUUGAUGGUGGAUGUUUGAAUUUAAGUGCAUCAGAACUAUAUUUUCCCGGUGUUCAGCCACCCACUUUGAGCAAGAUGCUGUUUGAUUGUAUUAAGGAUGAAAGUGAAGGUAAAAUGGUUGGAUCCAAGAGCAUGGACUCUCAUUUUUCAGAAGUCUGGACUGACUUAAAUUGUAAAGAUUUCUCAGACAAAUCUCAUGUUGAGGAUGACUCUGACAUAUGUAUCAUUGAAGAUAUGAGUCAUCCCCCACCCACUAAUCGUUCUCUGGCAAAUGGGAAUUCUAUUAUUACUUCACAACCCUCUACAUUUAGCAAUUCCCUUCAUCACACAGGUGUAGGAGGCACAAGGCAUAAGACAAGAGAUGAGAGGUUGGUUUUACAAGUUGCAUUGCAGGAUCUUUCGCAGCCAAAGUCGGAAGCUAGUCCACCUGAUGGAGAUCUGGCAGUUCCUUUACUAAGACAUCAGAGAAUUGCUUUGUCAUGGAUGGUUCAAAAGGAGACAGCUAGCUUACACUGCUCGGGAGGCAUUCUUGCAGAUGAUCAGGGAUUGGGAAAAACAGUAUCAACAAUUGCACUUAUUCUGAAGGAAAGGCCUCCAUCUUUAAGAUCCUGUCAUGAUGUAAAACAAAGGGAGUUCGAAACUCUAAAUUUAGAUGAGGAUGAUGAUGCUCUUCCUGCACUUGAUGGAAUGGAGCAUGAUGCUGAUUUACAACAAGUGAUGUCAAACGGAAGUCGGGUCCAGAGCCUGAAUCCUUUGGUCCAAUUUAAGGGAAGGCCAUCUGCUGGAACCCUUAUUGUUUGUCCUACUAGUGUUCUACGGCAAUGGGCUGAGGAGUUGAGUAGUAAGGUAACUAGCAAGGCUAAUCUGUCUGUGCUUGUAUACCAUGGAAGCAACCGGACAAAGGAUCCCUGCGAGCUGACUAAGUAUGAUGUUGUCCUCACAACAUAUUCAAUUGUCAGCAUGGAGGUCCCAAAACAGUCUUUUGCAGAUGAAGAAGAUGAUGAGAAAGGAAAGCCAGAAGAUGAUGCUGGCUUUUCAUCUAGCAGGAAAAGGAAAUGUCUUCCUAGCUCUAUUAAAAAGUGCUUAAAAAAUAAGAAGGGUUCGGAUUGUGCACUACUUGAAUCUGCUGCUCGUCCUCUUGGAAAGGUGGGAUGGUUUAGGGUUGUCUUGGAUGAGGCCCAAAGCAUCAAGAAUCACAGAACUCAAGUAGCUAGGGCCUGUUGGGGUCUUCGUGCUAAACGAAGGUGGUGCUUGUCUGGGACUCCAAUCCAAAAUGCAAUUGAUGAUCUUUACAGUUACUUCAAAUUUCUCAGAUAUGAUCCUUAUGCUUUAUAUACGUCAUUCUGUUCUACAAUAAAGAUCCCUAUCAAUAGGAGUCCAGCAAAAGGGUACAAGAAGCUACAAGCUGUCCUGAAGACAAUAAUGUUACGCCGCACCAAAGACACACUUCUUGAUGGGGAACCUAUUAUUAACCUGCCACCCAAAUUCAUAGAACUGAAAAAAGUGGAUUUCUCAGUUGAAGAACGUAAUUUCUACUCCAGAUUAGAGGCUGAUUCACGUGCUCAGUUUCAAGAAUAUGCAGAUGCUGGAACUGUCAAACAAAAUUAUGUUAACAUCUUGUUAAUGCUCUUGCGCCUUCGACAAGCUUGUGACCACCCCCUUCUUGUUAGGCCUUAUGAUUCAAAUUCUUUGUGGAGAUCCUCAGUGGAGAUGGCAAAGAAGCUUCCUCGCGAAAAACAAAUAUCUCUUCUGAAUUGUUUGGAAGCAUCUCUAGCAAUCUGUGGCAUCUGUAAUGAUCCCCCUGAAGAUGCUGUUGUUUCGAUAUGUGGUCAUGUUUUCUGCGGCCAAUGCAUUAGUGAACAUCUUACUGGUGAUGAUAAACAGUGCCCUGUUACAAAUUGCAAAGCUAGACUCACUUCGUCUUCGGUAUUUGCUAAAGCCACACUAAACAGUUCUCUCUCUGACCAUCCUGGUGAGGGUAGUUCUCCCAAUUGCUCUGUUUCUGAAGCUGUUGGCUCAGCUGAACUCUUUUCUGAGGCUAACUCGUAUAGUUCUACGAAAAUUAAGGCUGCUCUUGAGCUCCUGCUUUCAUUGUGUAAACCAGAGGGUUGUACAUCAAGAAAUAGUUCUGCACUGAAUACUUCUGACAAAAAGGCCAUAUGUCUCAGCAACUCUGUUGGGGAAUUACUUGAGGACAGUCCUGGCAGACAAAUUUUGGCUGUAGAAAAGGGUUCUAAUGGUUCAGCCGGGGUGGUUGGAGAGAAAGCCAUAGUGUUUUCCCAGUGGACCAGGAUGUUGGAUUUGCUUGAAGAUUGUCUUAAGAACUCUUCCAUUCAAUACAGAAGACUUGAUGGAACCAUGUCAGUUCUCGCCAGAGAUAAAGCUGUGAAGGAUUUUAACACCCUCCCUGAGGUGUCUGUUAUGAUCAUGUCUUUGAAAGCUGCUAGCCUUGGUCUCAACAUGGUUGCAGCUUGCCAUGUUGUUCUUCUGGACCUGUGGUGGAAUCCUACCACUGAAGAUCAAGCAAUUGAUAGAGCACACCGAAUUGGGCAAACUCGUCCUGUAAGGGUUUUGCGGUUAACGGUGAGAGAUACAGUUGAAGAUCGUAUCUUAGCCCUUCAGCAAAAGAAGAGACAGAUGGUUGCAUCUGCAUUUGGGGAGGAUGGAACUGGUGGUCGUCAGACACGCCUCACAGUGGAGGACCUGAAAUACCUGUUUAUGAUGUGAUUAGGGGAUUUUUUUCAGGCUUGACAGAUGUUAUUUGCUAACACAGGUUAUCAAUAGAUUUGUUUUUGGCGGUAGGAGCAAUAGGAGCAGCUCAAUUACUUGAACAUUGACUGACAACAGAUCUUAAAGGAGUGACGAGGGGCUAUAUUGAUAAGAAGUUCAUGUGAAUAGUCGAUAUAUAGAAUCACAUCAUCCAUUCUUUUUCCUUAGAUUUUGUCUUUUAGGGAAUGAGCUCUGUGUCUUCCUCCUCAUUCCCUUGUACAUUUUAUAGGAUGUAGUCUACAGCAAGGAAAGAUAUCACCUGAAAAUUGUUUCUUCCAAGUUUAAAUGAUAGAAGACUCAUUUUUCUUUUUCAUUUUUUGUUUAGUAUGAUGUAUAAUAGUGAGUUUACUAGUACAAGGAUCAUUAGAAUACUUAUCCACAAAAAAAGAUUUUAAGGUU